CGACUGCUACGUUAAUGACGUUAUGCUAGCUACUUGCUAACAAUCUGGACGUACGGAAAGCUGACCAAAAUAUAACUUCAUAUCUGAGAUGCUGUUCUGCUGUGAGUCAUAACAACAUAUGUUUCGUGUAGAUGUCUGCCGGCCCGUCAGGAGGUUGAUCGGGCUCAAACUUAGUGGAUGAUUGUCCUGAAUUAGUAUCCAGAGGGCCUUGAGUCCGCGGUGCUCGAGUGAGCGACAGCCAGGGAUUACCGCGACCUCACCGGGUGACCAUCCAGCCACACGGGUAGCGAGGUUUUAACUAUUACCAGUGAUUCACUGCACCGAAACCUCUCCCCCUGAACAUGUCACACACCGGACCCCCUCCUCGAUGGCGGAAUUGCCCCAGAAGAGGACAACCUGUGGCCGGUAAAUUCUUGCCAAUGAAAACAAUGUUGGGUCCCAGAUAUGAUGACCAAGUUGCAGAGGAGAACAGAUUUCACCCGAGCAUGCUGUCAAACUACUUAAAAAGUCUAAAAGUGAAAAUGGGUUUGCUUGUGGAUUUGACGAACACGACUCGCUUUUAUGACCGCAACGACAUUGAAAAAGACGGCAUAAAAUAUUUGAAGCUUCAGUGUAAAGGACAUGGAGAAUGCCCAUCAAAAGAGACGACUGGGAUGUUUAUCAGGUUCUGUGAACACUUUAUAGAGAAGAAUCCUACAGAAUUAAUAGGUGUUCACUGCACGCAUGGCUUCAAUCGGACAGGCUUUCUGAUAUGUGCAUACCUGGUGGAGAAGAUGGACUGGAGCGUUGAGGCAGCUGUGGCUGCUUUCGGCCAGGCCCGUGCCCCUGGGAUCUACAAGGGAGACUACCUCAAAGAGCUUUUCCGUCGCUAUGGUGAUGAGGAGGACGCACCCGCUGCCCCCGCGCUGCCUGAGUGGUGCUUCGACGACGAUGACGGGGACGUGGACGACGACGGUAACGCAGUUGGCCAGGAGUCCGGGCCCAGCUCCUCUGGGUCAGCGCCUGGCAAACGAAAGAAAGAGAAGCUAAAACUGGGUGCCGUAUUCCUUGAAGGCAUCUCGGUGAAAGGUGUCACACAGAUCACCACACAACCCAAGCUAGGCGAGGUCCAGAGAAUGUGUCAGCAGAUGGCCGAGUGGGAAAAAUCUGGCUUUCCUGGUGCGCAGCCUGUAUCCAUGGAUAGACAAAACCUUCGUUUCCUGGAGCAGAAUCCAUACAAAGUCAGCUGGAAAGCUGAUGGCACACGGUACAUGAUGCUGAUCAACGGAAAAAACGAAGUGUUCAUGAUCGACAGAGACAACACUAUCUUCCACAUAGCGAACCUAGAGUUUCCUUUCCGGAAGGAUCCACGUGUCCACUUAGCAAAUACUCUGCUGGAUGGGGAGAUGAUCAUUGACAAGGUGAAUGGCCAGCCCGUCCCCCGCUAUUUGAUAUACGACAUCAUCAAAUUCAAUGGGCAGCCUGUUGGCCAAUGUGAUUUCAAUAUCCGGCUGUUAUGCAUAGAAAAGGAGAUUAUUUCUCCACGGAUGGAAAAGAUGAAGACCGGACAGAUUGACAAAACCAAGGAGCCCUUCAGUGUCCGAAAUAAGCCCUUCUUUGACAUUCACGCAUCACGCAAGCUACUUGAAGGCAGCUUCACGUCCCAGGUCAGCCACGAAGUCGACGGGCUUAUCUUCCAGCCAUGCGGGAGAUACAAGGCCGGGAGGUGUGACGACAUCCUCAAGUGGAAGCCUCCCAAUCUCAACUCUGUGGACUUUCGCCUCAAGAUCACCAAAGUUGGAGGAGAAGGGCUGCUUCCACAGACUGUCGGCUUGCUGUACGUCGGCAACUAUGACAGACCCUUUGCAAAGAUGAAGGCCACUAAAGAGCUGAAACAGUACGACAACAAGAUCAUCGAGUGCACCUUUGCCAACAACACCUGGGUGUUCAUGAGGCAGAGGGUCGACAAGAGCUUCCCAAACUCGUACGACACAGCCAUGGCUGUGUGUAAAAGCAUCCAGGAGCCCGUCACUAAGGAAAUCCUUUUGGAGUAUGUGGACCGCUGUUCGCAGGGAGUCCAAGCCCAGAACCGGAAACAACCGGCAGACCCAGACUCUGAGCUAAUGCCCCCUCCCCCUCCAAAGAGACCCAACCGGGCCAUCCCAUAGCCCCCCCGGGGGCCAGGCCCCUCUGGACUGCUCUACAGUCGCAGUGUACAUGCACAUCACCAGCCGCAUCAGCCCCACCUCCAGAAAACCCAACAUUUCAAGGCUUUCUUAUCCCCAGCACAUUUGCUUUAUCAGCGUGUACAUGUAAGGACUUGAGAAACCUUUAAUUGACUGCCUCAACGUCAUUAAUUUACCUUGUGUAGACUUCUUUGUAGCUUUAAUUGCUGGUGUUCUUAUUAAAAUGAAAAACAUCA